AUGUGCCGCGUUCGCAUCCUCCAUUUCUCGAUGCACGACGUCCGCCCGCUCAUGACGACGGACCCCUUCGGCACAAUUGAGCGUGCCCCCUUUCACCCGGGCGACUACGUCGACCCGGAGACCGUGACGCCCUGCCGAUGCGGCAUCCUCCUCGUCAUCCCCGCCCCGCGGCCGAGCUCGCUGCCCAUCCCGGGCCGCCCGGCGCCCCCCGCCCAGGGCUUCGACACCUGCCCGUACCACGACUGCUGCGCCACGUGGUCGAACGUCGUCCUGUGCCGCUGGGCCUAUGACUGGGUCGCGGCGGGGAACCCAAACGUGAACCCGCAGCAGCGGUGCCGGAACCUGUUCGUCACAAACGAGUACCACCCCGUCCAGCGCGCCAUGGGGCCGCACCCCGAGACGGGCGAGCGCGCCGCGCCCGCCUGGAACGACGGCGUCGGCUCCCCGCCCACGUUCCCCGUCGAAAUGUUCUACUCGCACCGCCCGCCGCCGGACGCCAGCGACGACGAGGUGGAGGAGAACGCCGCCGUCCGCGAGGACUUCUUCCUCAUCUGCCGGCGGAUCUGGGAGAUCAAGAAGGGCGUCGUCGACCGCCUGGCCGUUGCCGAGGACAAUCUGGGGAUGGCGAUGUGGUUGCGAGUGCGCGAUGGGGAUCAGGAGGAGGGGGAGGAGGAGGUGGUGGUGGUGGAGGAGGAGAACUACGACGACGAUGGUGACCAGAGCAGGAAGACCAGGCCAGAGCGGCUUGCCGAGGGGCUCGUGAUGGCGCAGGAGGCGCUGCGCCACCUCGCGCCCGUGUUCCGGCAGCUCGAAAUCAUGUCGAAGUUCCUCGCCGGGUCGGCGGGCUGCCAGCUUUACGUGCUGACGUUCCUGGGCAAAGUCCCGGGGCCCGGCGCUUCCGCUGUGUCGGCGGACAGGUCGUACAGCGUGUCGCGCGAGAGGCUGGAGCUCGACAACAGCAAUGACGCGAUCGUCGCUGCGGCCCGCGGCAGUGCGCACUGGCGGCUGGCGCAGGAGCUGUGGGAUCGGGCCAUCGGCAUGCGGGUGGCGCUGGAGGCCGCACUGGAGGAGGAGGCGGCGGCGGCGGCGGCGGAUGCUGGGAAGAAGCGCAAGCGGGGGCUGUGGGGUGAUGUGGUUGCCCAGGCGUACGAAACAGCGAAGAAGAGAAGUAUGAGGAGGAAGUCGAGGGCAUCGGGCCUUGCUGUGCAUCCACAGGACAGCCCCGCAGGUGAGUAA